UGCAACAGCAGCAUUGGAUCAGUUAGAGUAAGAACAGCUCGUGUCUGAGCAGCUCAGCUCGCACUGCAGCUUCCCGUCUAUGGAGACAGCUUCCCCCUGACCUGAGGCGCCACUGCUCACACACAGCCCGGAGCGUCCACCUCUCAGCUUAGCACUGGUUUGACCUCCACACCGUUAGAAACGCCAGCAAUGACAGAAGGGAACACUAUGCCAGACGGUGAUGCCGCCGGUACAGGUGAGGGGGCCGCCGCUGCACCCGCAGAGGACAGGCAGCCGGAAGAGGACAAGAAGGAGAACGGGGAGACUAAACUGACAGUCCCGCAGCAGGCGGCGGCUCCCGGAGCGGAGGAGGUCGAGUUUGUGCACCCCGAGGGCGGCUGGGGAUGGGUGGUCAUGCUGGCCGCCAUGUGGUGUAACGGCUCGGUGUUCGGGAUCCAGAACGCCUUCGGUAUCCUCUUCCUCUCUCUCCUCCGGGAGUUCGGCUCCGAGAACGAUGACGACCUCCGCUUCAAGACAGCAUGGGUGGGCUCACUCUCCAUGGGGAUGAUCUUCUUCUGCUCUCCCAUCGUCAGCGUCUUCACCGACAUCUUUGGCUGCAGGAUAACUGCAGUGGGCGGAGCUGCGGUCGGCCUGGUUGGCCUCCUGGCCAGCUCCUUUGUCACGUCCCUGGGUCCCAUGUACUUCACCUAUGGCAUAGUGUUUGCCUGCGGGUGUUCUUUUGCCUACCAGCCCAGCCUGGUCAUCCUGGGCCACUAUUUCAAGAAGCGGUUGGGCCUGGUAAAUGGCAUCGUUACUGCUGGCAGCAGCAUCUUCACCAUUACUUUACCGUUUGCACUGUCGGGCAUGCUGGAGAGAGUGGGCCUUCAGAACACCAUGCGUGUCCUCUGCAUCCUCAUGUUUGUGCUGAUGCUGGCUGGCUUCACCUACAGGCCCCUCCUGCCCGUCAGAUCCACUAACACACAGACUGGCAGAAAGUUUCCCCCCAUGAGCAAGGUCUUCAACAUCAACAUCUGGAAGUCUUUGGGAUAUCGCAUUUGGGCCUUCGGUAUCCCCGCCGCCCUCUAUGGCUACUUUGUGCCCUACGUUCACCUGAUGAAGCACGUUGAGGAACGUUUUGGACAAGAUGCCAGUAAAGAGGUUCUGCUCAUGUGCAUUGGCAUCACGUCCGGUGUGGGCCGUCUCAUCUUUGGCAGAGUGGCAGACUACGUCAAUGGAGUAAACAAAGUGUACCUGCAGGUAACUUCCUUCUUCGUCAUUGGCGUCAUGUCCAUGAUGAUCCCCCUGUGCAACAUCUUUGGUGGGCUGAUUGCCGUGUGCCUGCUGAUGGGGUUGUUUGACGGCUGCUUCAUCUGCAUCAUGGCUCCGAUCGCGUUCGAGCUGGUUGGGGAUAAAGACGUGUCUCAGGCCAUCGGCUUCCUGCUGGGUCUGAUGUCCGUGCCCAUGACUGUGGGCCCUCCCAUUGCAGGCUUCCUCAGGGACCGACUGGGCAGCUACGACGUGGCCUUCUACCUGGCAGGCAUCCCACCGAUCUUCGGAGGAGCUGUGCUGUGUCUGAUACCCUGGGUGGAGGCCAGGCGCAAGAGGAUGGAGAAGAAAGUCCUGAGCAAGGAGCAAGACGUCACCCAGACGAUGAUAGAGCAUGAGAAGGCUCGGGAGGACGCACAAAGCAAAACGGGAGAGUCUGUCCUCUAAGUGUCACUCUGAACAGACUGAGAGAGAGACAUGCAGCUGACCGGCAGCAUUAACAUACCGUGUGUGUGUGCGUGUGUGUGUGUGUGUGUGUGGUUCCGUGUGUUUGUGUUCAGCCCACAUUGUAGAGACUGCCUUGAGUAGGAGAAUGUCAGAAAAUGCCAAAGCGAUGAAACAUAUCAGAAAGAGUAACAUGUUGAAGUGCAUGAAUGUGAUCCUGAAGAACUAUGCAUUUUAAUUGGACUGAACUAAUCUUAGAACAGGAUAACUUUAUGAACUUUAUGAGCUUAAAUGAAAAUGGAAAAAAAUUAUGCAUAUUUCAUAUUUGUCACAGGGGAAGGAAGACGUGCUGUAGUAUGCGUUAGUUUAAAUGCAGUGUGAAAGCUACACAGUCUUACCAAAUAUGACAAUCAUGAGGGAAAGGAGUCAUUUUUUACACAUUUGGAUACAUGCAUACAGUAUAUAAUAUAUAUAUAUAUAUAUAUAUAUGGAAUAAAACAACACACUAGAUUACACAGGAAAUGAAACCAAUUCUGUGUAGGAAAAAAACUUGAUUUUGCCUUAAUCAACAUCUUUGUUUUGCCUCAAUGUAAAGGAAACAGUCCUGCUAAAGAUCUCUACGGAAACAUUUAUAAUUGUCUCCAGUGUACACUUAGAGCAAGCCAAAUGUCACAUCCAGGGAUGAGGAGUUCAUAGUAUUUUAAAGGGACAGAGAGAAUGGCUUCAUAGAAGAGAAGUUACAGUGUUGUGAAGCUCUGGGCUCGUCUGAGCUGUAACGGUGCUCAGACACUUCAAGGGAAGCAGCUUUAAGCAUGAAACAUUAAACAUACAACAUUAAAUGAGGAACAUAUUAACAUUGUGUUAGUGUUUAGGUCUAUGUUCACUGAUUGUAGUAGUGAAUUGAAGCAGUAUUUCUUUUAAAACACACAGUGGUGGGAGUCCUUUUUACUUUUUUUUUAUUUGUUCUUUUUUCUCUGUUAUUUGGCCCGAACAUUUUCACUUUUUACUUUAUACUCUACUACAAUCUACUGAGGCCCAGGUCAUAAAACAAGCUUCACUCUGUUAACAACAUGUGAGCUUUGAUGGAUGACCUCAAAACCUCAACAAAGAACUACAAAUACUGUAGUUCUCUUCUUUAUAAAAAGGCUAUUACACAUUGAUGGUAUCUUUUCAUUUGAGAGACUGAAUCUCUUAUAUAUGUCCAUGUCAUUAACCUUCAACAGAAAAGUGUUUUAUAUAUAUAUGUGUUUUUUAGAUUUUGUGGAGAAUAUAAUGCUGUAAAGCAUUAAUUUCAUUUAUUGAAGACCAAAUGUACUGAAAUGCAAAUGGCUGAAAUUUGAGUGUUAAUCCUGUUUGCUUGUUGUCAUGCGUCAGCCUGAAGCUCAGAGAUAGUGUCAGUGAACCAUCCUAACAUGUCACAUAUCCAUGGAAAACUCCAGAGACCCUUUGGAGGACAAUACACCAUUACAGAGAUGCUGUGGGUCGAUGAUGUCUUGCCGCUGCAGAACUGGGACACUCUACCUCAGAUGUUGUGAAAGAGUAGAACUUCCCCAUCCUGGACCGUCCUGUUCUUCCAUCAGAGGCGCUGCCCCAGUGUUUGUUUUUGAGAGGUGUGACCAGAGAAACGCAAAUAAAACACAACGUGGAACAUGAUCUUGCUGCCUGAAGCUUUGCUCUUUAAUGAAAUAUCUUAUUUUUAUGUGUAAGAAACUUAGGCAGCGUUUCUCCUUUUUAAAUCUAUAUUUUUAUUAUAAAUCACAUCAGUUGCCUUUCCUUUCAAGCCUCUUUUUUUAAAUGAAAUGUAUGACUGUUUAAAGCACACUCUGUGUUCAUAGUUUAUUUUUAGAUUGAUUAAAAUGUGUGAUAUUCACCAAUGAGAGCCUCAAGUAAUUUCUUGUCAGAGAAAUUACUUAAUCUGUACCUCUGAAUUUUGAUUGUAACCUUUGUUUUAUUACGCUCACUGGCUCACUAAGUUGAGUCAUGGCUUAUAUCUGCUUCGUGAAGGGAUCUGUGCCAUCCAAAGAGAAAGUCCAAAAAGUUGUAUUAUCUAGAUAUGAUUUUAGUUCACAGCCUUUUGAAACUGCCUUGACAUUCAACCUGUUUUCUGUGGUAAUAGUGUUUUCAAAGGGACUUUGUGGCAAACAGGACUCCUGGGCCAUGUUUGCCUUUUUGGAUGAGCUUAUGUGCCUCAGUGUUUAUUACCAUUUUAUUGUUUGCUGUUAUUAUUUUUGGCUCGAUCCCGUCCAAUCCAACCACUGGAUUUGUCCAGAACAUUUCUCUGUGUGUAUGCAUGUUUUUUUUGCUUCAAGUGCAGAUAGUUUUCCUUCCUUAAAAUUUGACUGCAAAGACUGCGUCUUUGCUCUUUGUUGCUCUAUGUUUGCGUGAUUUCUUUCUGCUCGCUUUCCUUAAUGCUCCAUUUGGAUAUGUGUUGUUUGCUCUCUUUUGCAUGUGUGAUUAUUAAUUUCCUUCAAUCAGUGAACUAAAUAUAUUUUCUAUCUACUGCAGGAUGUGUGGUGAGCUGCAGUAUAUGCAAUUUAUGUAAACAUAAUCAGAUUUCAACAUUAUCAAGAUAGUAAAAAAAAUAUGUUUACACUUUUGGUGACUUUCUGUGUAAUGUGUUCUCGUGUGUGUGCCUGGUACAGUAUGAACAUCACUGAGCUUCAGCCCUGCAGUUAUUGGACAGUUGAUAGAAUUCUAGUUGAAAUGUUUAUGAGACGUAAGUACAAGGCAAACAGGCUGAAAGAAAGAAGAUGAUUAAUGGACUGCAACUUUCUGGUCUCUUCUCCCCUAUUUGUGUCAUUAAGUGAGUAGAUUGUGAAUUAGAGACUUUUGUGACCUGAA